CGUUCCUUGUGAACUGUAACAGGACUCAUCUCGCGUUGAUGCCUCGAUGAGCUGGCGAGUGGAUUCUUUUACAGUCUGCUUGUGCGGAAUCCCCCCCCUGCUUGUUGUGAAGAAGUACAGCGCCGGUCGGUUGGUGCCCAUCUUCAUGUUCUGUUUCGGGUCCGCCUCGUUCAUCCAACCCGGAAUCCACAACUUUGCAAGCCUUUUCGUUCUCAACAAGCUGUUAGGCAUCUUGCAGAAUCCAAUGCUUCCAGAAGUAGCGUCUUCUAUUUCUCAACGUUUUAGACCAGACGUGAGCUGGAGGGCCGAGUUGGCGCCUUCCGUGCUGCAUCCUCCAUUUGCGGCGCAUUUUCAGGUCUAAUCGCAUUCGAGGUUUUCCAGCUGAGCCACCCGUCGAUCGCUGACUGACGCAUUCUCUUCCUCAUCGGGGACGGCAUCACUUUCG